AAUGGUUUUCUCGUCAUGGCCCUCUCAACCGCCCAUGAAUGUUGAACUUGAGAGGACUUUGGUAAUUGGUAGCAUGAUAUGAUUGACGGAAUGAAACGUUGUCUUCUUCCCCAAAAGGCAACGCAUUUCAUGCAGACAGAGUACACUCGAGGGAAGCCAUGUAUCAGGAAUCCCGCUAUUUAAUUUUUUGAUUGAUGGGCUUUCACAAGACCGUUGCCUUCCAAACUCCAAGUUGGCGACUUCAAAUUCAAAAUGGCUAAUGAUUCCUGACGCCGCAGAAGAAGAAGAAGAAGAAGAAGAAGAAGAAGAAGAAGCAUUCAAAGCCUUUGCAACUCUUAUAGCCACAGGAACCACUGCCUCCAUUGAUAUUCUCCCGCGCCCAAAAUCUCAAGCUAUAAAGCUUAACAACCUUUUCAGUGACUUCAUUCUGUGCAGAGUCACACUAUGGCAAACCAAUUCUAUCCCUUUCACCCAAACGGUGUCUCCUCUUCUCCCCAGAGCUGGGGAAACUGCUACUCUUCUCAUCCCUCUACCUAUGUUCCUCAUUCUCCCGGAAAUGCGCCUUUUCCCCAGAGUUGGAAUGAGGCAGAGGAGGUGUUUCUUGCACCAUCAGUAGAAGCCAAACUUCAAGAAAUUUGCAUAAAACAGCGCCAAGAGCGUGCAGACACCAAUGCUAGAAAGUGUCUUGCUUCGAUAGGCGAGCAGGCUUCGCUAGAUGUUCUGGAAAAAAUCUCACCUUGCCCGAUUCGAACAACACUCAGUCGUUUCAUUGUCUAUAUGGUAAAAAAGUAUUAUCCUCAGCAGCAUUCCAGUCCAGGAAGCUUUUCCCACUCUCCGCAGAGAUACUUCAGUUCACCUUCCUCCUCAUGCUCUUCCAGUAAUUUUACUCCAAGAAACGUUCCUUCCCCUAAGAGCAAUGCUGGUGAUGAGACCUUUGAAUCCAAAAUGUCAAAGCCAGAUAUACUAUCACCUCAAUCAAGUCCUCAGAGUUUUAGCCACCACCCCCGGAGAUUAGAAUUUGAAGAGAGAGCAAAUGCUCUAGGAGUUAGUUACCAGUUGUCAGCACUAAGUGAGCUUGAAUUUAGAAAGUUCUUUCUAAUAUUAAACUAUAUUGGGAGGAAUAAAUUGGAGGAUGUAGUGACUCCAGAGGCUGCCAAUGAUAUUUUAUAUGUAGGAAAUCAGUCAAUGGCAGCUUUUGAGUCAUAUAUGUGGACCAAAUUCAGUCAUUUGUGUGAAGAUCAUGAAAGACUGCGGUAUAUUGAUUGGGAUUCCGGAAGGACUCAUAUUUACAAUUGUAAUGUUGAUUCCAAUGAAGAGUAUACAUUCAAGGGACCUUAUUUGAACGCAGCAAGAACACAUCUCCAACAGGCAUUAGGAGAUGAGAAUGUAUUAAUUGUCAAGUUUUGGGAUGAUGCCCCUACUAAUGCCAGAAAAACCAUUGAGAACGGUCUGCUUGUUGGUUUAAGACGCUAUCGCUUUUUUGUCUUUAAAGACGAAAGAAAAGAGAAGAAAAGCAAUCCAAAUGACGGAAGAGCAACCACCUCUAUAAAAUGCUACUUUGUACGGAUGGAGACGCUUGGUCAUGCAGAAGAAAGCUUUAUUUUGCAUGGAAAAACAGUCCAUGAUGCAAGGUGUCUUUUCAUGCAUGUUCACAUGGUGUCAAGCAUGGCUAAAUACAUGGCCAGGUUUUCUCUUAUUUUGUCAAAGACUGUCAAGCUCCCCAUCGACCUAGGACCUCUAAGUGAUGUGAAAAUACUCGAAAUUGAGGAUAUAUAUUGCCGUGAUGAGUUUGGAUCCAUUCUCCUAGAUGAAGAUGGUGCACCGCUGAUACAAACUGAUGGUACGGGUUUUAUAUCAGAAGACUUAGCAAAGAAGUGCCCCAAAAACUUUUACAAAGUAAAGCACUCGAAUGAUGCCAAUUCUAAGAGAUUGAUCAAUGGUGGGAAGUUUGGAGAAGAAGAAUAUCAGAACAUGGAACCGCCCUUGAUAAUGCAAUGCCGUCUCUACACCAAGGGUCGUGCAAUUAAGGGAACACUUCUUGUCAACAGAAGGCUCCCAGAGAGCACAAUUCAUAUUAGACCCUCUAUGAUCAAGGUUGGUACAGAUCCAGAACUCUCGUGCACCCAAAUAUUCGACUCACUUGAGAUAGUAGCAGUCAGUAAAAAGCCAAAGCAAGCUCAUCUCUCAAAAAAUUUGAUUGCUCUCUUGAGCUAUGGAGGAGUUCCCAGGGAAUAUUUCUUGGACAUACUGAAGAGUGCAUUGGAAGAGACACAGAGGAUAUAUUCUGAUGAGAUCUUGGCACUAAAAGCUGCAUGCAAUUAUGAAGAUCUUGAUUAUGGUUCCAUAGCAAAAAGUAUGAUAUUGUCAGGAGUACCUCUAUCUGAACCAUAUCUUCAAUGUUGCAUAUCUUCGGCAACUAAUGCAGAAAAACGUCUGCUUAAAGAAGGAAAGAUUCCAAUUUCUGACAGCUUUUAUUUAAUAGGGACAGCCGACCCAACAGAGAACGGGGUACUAAAUCGUGAUCAAGUUUGUGUUAUACUUGAUUAUGGUCAAAUUGCUGGGGAAGUCUUAGUCUACAGGAAUCCUGGGCUUCAUUUUGGGGACAUCCACAAAUUAACUGCUGUCUAUGUAAAGGAAAUUGAUGAGAUAGUUGGAAAUGCUAAAUAUGCUAUAUUCUUCUCCACAAAAGGCGAAAGAUCAGUGGCAAGUGAAAUUGCUAAUGGAGAUUUUGAUGGAGAUGUAUACUGGGUUUCUCGAAACUCCAAGCUGAUUGAAAAUUUCAGAGCAAGUUGCCCUUGGAAACGCUUAUUUUCAACUCCCAAGCCACUUAUUAGAAAGCCUAAUGAGAUUUCUCCUGAAGAAUUGGAGCACACACUCUUUCAGAUGUUUUUAGAAACAAGAAGGCCAAGCUACAGUAUGUCUACUGCAGCUGACAGCUGGCUGGCUCUUAUGGAUAGACUCCUAUUGGGUGAUAAUUGUCACAGUGAAAUGGUAGCUAUAAUCUUAAAAAUGUUUGAGUUGAUAGAUUUGUACUAUGAUGCUUUAGAUGCCCCAAAAAGUGGAAAAAAGGUUAAUAUUCGCAAAGAUUUGAAGGUGGAUAAGUUACCACAUUUCAUGGGGAAACGACGAGAUACAUAUCACUCAACAUCUGUCUUGGGAGAAAUUUAUGACACUGUUGUGUCGUUUGAAACCAAAGCCCCGCCUCCUAUAGAAAUCACGACACUACCUUGCUUCGAUAUCAAGGUACCCGAUGAAUCCUUGAGGUCAUGGAGGAAGAGGUAUGACGAGUACAGAUCCGAGAUGGCAAAGGCGUUGAGCUCCCAGGGUGAAUCAAAAGAUGAUUUGGCAAACGAGGUGAUAAAAAAAUACAAGCGGUUGUUAUAUGGCGCGGAUGAGCUGGAAGAAAGCGAGAAGAGUAUGAAAGAUAUAUACAACAACGCCCUCGCAAUAUAUCAUGUUACUUAUGAUCAUGCAAUGUCGAAAAAAGAUGCUAAAAAAUGUGGUUUUGCAUGGAAAGUGGCUGGCUCUGCACUCUGUAAACUUCAUGCAGAGCUUCAAGCAAAGGAAAACAAUGGGAAAGCCAUGAUUGUUUCUCCAGUCAUGUUGCAGAAAAUGUUACAUCUGAAAGUUUAGAGCAAAAUACUUAAGGUAAUUUGUUGUGGUAUAUGUAAAUAUGUAAUGGUGUUUUGAUGUAUUUUGUAUUUAAAUAAGUUGUACUU